GCUGAGGAUCCCCUGGAAACCUCGCAGGAGGCCUUCUGUGGCUCCUCGGACGCCAUUAUGGCUCCAGAUUAAACAGGGCCAUGCGGAAUGGGCGCCUAUAGAAACACUGCACAGAUUUAUUUUAUUGUAUUUUCCAAUGGGACGCCCGAGAGAGAGAGAGGGGGCCUGGCUACACUCCUCUCCCAGAGACUGUGACUCCGUCAACGGGGUCGGCGCUAGGACCCGGGAGGAGCCGGGGCCGCCACAGAGGCAUUGCAGACUGCGCGUCGGGGAGGUGUAGUGGAAGAAAAGGCGAAAGAGAAACGGAGUAAAUGAGAGGCGCUUCUCUGUCCACAUUGUCGAAGGAGCCUACCAGCUCAAUAUCCCGCCGAAAAAACACUGCGCCCUACAAUGCGACGGACACACUGUUGAAUUCCUGCCCAGGUAACCACCAUUGAGAAGGCGGCCGCAGACCCCAGGACCACGUCUCCAGGUUCCUGCGCAGGGCUUUGUGAAGGAAACUUGGGAAACAAAGCCGUGUCUCUUCCUGUGGGAAACCUGGAUCCUCAACCCUGCCCUCCAACAUGACCAAUGUGGUGAUCGUCAAGGAGGGAUGGCUUCAUAAAAGAGGAGAAUACAUCAAGACCUGGAGGCCGAGGUAUUUUCUCCUGAAGAGUGAUGGUACAUUCAUUGGCUACAAAGAGCGGCCGCAAGAUGUCGACCAGCUGGAAACACCCUUAAAUAACUUCUCCGUAGCACAGUGCCAGCUGAUGAAGACGGAACGGCCCAAGCCCAACACAUUUAUCAUCCGCUGCCUGCAGUGGACCACUGUCAUCGAGCGCACCUUCCACGUGGAGACCCCUGAGGAGAGGGAAGAAUGGACAAAAGCCAUCCAGGCAGUGGCCGACGGUCUGCAGAAACAAGAGGAAGAGAUGAUGGACUCCUCUCCGGACCCCAUGGACAUGGAGGUCUACCUUACCAAACCUAGACAGAAAGUGACUAUGCACGACUUUGAAUACCUCAAACUCCUGGGAAAAGGCACUUUUGGCAAAGUUAUCCUGGUAAAGGAGAAGGCCACGGGACGCUACUACGCCAUGAAGAUCCUAAAGAAGGAGGUGAUCGUAGCAAAAGAUGAAGUGGCGCACACACUCACAGAGAACAGAGUCCUCCAGAAUUCAAAACAUCCGUUCUUGACAGGACUGAAAUACUCUUUCCAGACACACGACCGCCUGUGCUUUGUCAUGGAGUAUGCGAACGGUGGCGAGCUUUUCUUCCAUCUGUCAAGAGACCGGGUGUUCUCAGAGGAGCGGGCACGGUUUUAUGGUGCAGAGAUAGUGUCAGCGCUCGACUACCUUCAUGCUGAACGAAAUGUGGUCUAUCGAGAUCUAAAGCUGGAAAACCUUAUGCUGGACAAAGAUGGACACAUAAAGAUCACAGAUUUUGGCCUGUGUAAGGAGGGGAUCAAAGAUGGCGCCACCAUGAAAACCUUCUGCGGGACACCAGAGUACCUCGCACCUGAGGUGCUAGAAGACAACGACUAUGGCCGCGCCGUGGAUUGGUGGGGUCUUGGCGUGGUGAUGUACGAGAUGAUGUGCGGCCGACUGCCUUUCUACAACCAGGACCACGAGAAGCUGUUUGAGCUCAUCCUCAUGGAAGACAUCCGCUUCCCUCGGACACUUGGCCCCGAGGCACGCUCGCUGCUCUCCGGCCUUCUCAAGAAAGAUCCGAUGCAGAGGUUAGGUGGAGGGCCUGACGACGCCAAGGAAAUCAUGCAGCACAAGUUCUUCGCGGGAAUCGAAUGGCAGGAUGUUUAUGAGAAGAAGCUGGUCCCGCCGUUUAAGCCCAAAGUUACCUCGGAGACGGACACGCGGUAUUUUGACGAGGAGUUCACAGCACAGACCAUCACCAUUACACCACCCGGACAAGAUGACAGUAUGGAGUCCUUCGACAGCGAGCGGAGACCCCACUUCCCCCAGUUCUCCUACUCCGCCAGUGGGACGGCCUGAGCGACUCUCAAACAUUCCUCCGGUCCCGCUCCCGCCCUCCUCACCUAGCCCGACUGCACUCCCCAAAAAAAAAAAAACACCGGGGGCCGCGGCCCCGCCCCCUCCAAACAUUGUCUGCAGAUGCCGUCGUUGGAUGUAACAUUUCCAAUCCAGAAAGUUGUGUUAUUUACAGGAAAGGAGGAAAUUCAAGAUGAAAACAAAGAUAACUGUGGUUGUUCUGUGUGGCCUUUGAAGACUGACUACAGACAGAGAGUUAAAACUAGCCUGCAUUUCCUGGUUGUCACGUUGUAUACUGAGCAGGCAUCCAUACACCAGAAUGACCUGGGAAAUGUAGUUAUUAGUGUUAUGCACAAGUUACUGCUAUUCAUUUUUGAAAAGGGCCAUUUUCUAUUGAACAUUUACAAAUUUAAUAUGUACCAACACUUUUGAAUAGAAAUAGGCAUACUGUGGACCAAAAACAUCAUGUGAGCAGAGUGUGUGUGUAUGUGUGUGUGUGUGCGUGCGUGUGUGUUGUUGAGUGGGUGAUUUCCUCUAUAAGACUUCUGAACAAUUCAAAAACCCUUCAGACCAAGACUUUUUUUUGGGGGGGGGGCUUCAAAAGUGAAUGUACCGUAUCAAAUAAAGUCGAUCUUUCUGCAUAUUCACACGUUGUUACAAAUGGCUGAUUCUCCUCAGACUGACAUACCAUCUUCCAGGAGGAGAAGUUUUGUAAAAAAAAAAAAAUAUUUUUAUCACUUUUCUACUACGCUGAUGCAAAACUUCCUUCGGUCGAUCUGUUUUAUUAUCAUGUCGCACCACGAUGGGUCUGAUCAAUCAAUUGUGCAAUACGGUCUGAGGUGAGGAGCGACAGACAUGCGAAGAAUGCAGAGUGAUUAAUCAUUAAGGUAAAAGAAAAGAGAAAAAGAAGCUGUCCUGCAGUGGAUUCCUGUCGUGACUUUGCACGUCAGAGUCCCUGAGAGCCCCCCCCCCCCCCUACUUCCUGGUCAUGAUAAUAAAUAAUCUUCCACCCCCCUCCUGAAGUAAGUGCUUAUAGUUCCUGAUGCCUUUAAAUGUGGAAGUUCAGCUGCAGACAGUUUUCCCUCUGAUCAGGGUCGGGCAGUGCUGACCGCUCAGAAACUCUUCUCUCCUCUGGGUUUUUCCUCCAUGUACAGAACAGUAUUGGGUGUGUUUUUCUCCACCCAGUGCAUUCACUGCAGCCUCAGUGAGGUCACUUAAACACGAUACACUUCUUUAGGAACACUUUGCAAACCAACUUGGCUUUAGGGGAAAACACACAUUCAUCUUUGAGUUACUUCUUCUGGGGGGGAUUGUUGCCUCUUCACAAGCUUCUGAGUUAUUUAUAUGAGACCAGCAUUGACAAAAAUGAGUUUUACUGUGCCAAUGAUAUGCACUUUGCCGCCCUAAAAUGAAUGUAUUUGGACUCUUUAUUUGUACUUCAUGGUUGGCAACAACUAAAUUAGCUUAUUUCAUGUAAAUUCAAAUGUGGAUACAAAUAAAAAAAACAGACUUGUUUGUUUGAAUGAUUUCGCCCCUUUCGCAGAUGGCUGAGGCUAAACUGAGACUCGUGGGAACUGAAACUUUGCGUACUAGAAGUGCUUCAGUAUUUUUUAAGAUAAGAGAUAAUCAUUUUUCAAAAGUGCAUCACUCGUUAUUGAAUGUAAUGGUUUUUACAUGUCCUUUUUUUUCACUUCAAUCAUUUUUGCAAACUUCUUUUGUUCGGUUUUUCAGUCUGAUUGUUUCUUAUUCCUAUGCACACUCACCCUUUGCUGUCACCUUCUGAAAAUAGGGAAAUGCAUUUUAUACUUUUUAUCUCAACUUUUUGUUUUGUACCUGCCCUCCCAUUUUCCCCCCGAGACUGAGGACACCAGCUUUAGUAAACAAAUAAUAUAAACUUUGUACACUGUUUUUAAUUGUCUCUUUCAAAUUGAUGAAAUAAAAGGUCUUAACAAUAA